CCGUACGCCGAUGACCGAUCUUGACUUGACUCUUGACUUGUCUUGAGUCGUUUCUGGAUCACUUUCUGCAUGCACCGUACUCCAAAAAAAGUCUAACCUUAAGGCUUAGGCUUAACCUAUGUGAUUCUGCAAUUGAGACUGAGUCGAUAGUAUGUACCGAAGAAGAGGUUGGGUAACUAUCUAUCCGAGCAACUAAAAAUCGAAGAUUCGGCUGCGCUGCAGCUGCACUGCGCUAGUUAUAUAGUAUUAGUAGGUCUACGGCCGGGUACGUAAUUUUGUAAGUAAACGUACGGUACGGUAUGUCACCUGACUGGUCAGCUGAUCUGAAUCAACGACCUGCGUAGCAGAGCCCCAGAGCUGAGUUGGGAUAAUUAAUAAACGAUGUUUAUAUUCUUUUGGAUAACAGUUUCUUGCUUAUUCGAUCUUUUUGGAAUUUGUGUCGACAUUGUUCAAAGUACCGAGGAGAAUAAGGUAAUGGCAAAUGAAGAUCAAGUCACCAUGGAACAGUCGGUGUUGGAUUUUCCUUUCCUGAACGAUCCAGAGACAAUCAAAUAUGUUGGAAAGUCAAAGACAUUGCUCCUACUUCGUGGCCCACCAGGGAGUGGAAAGUCAACCUUAGCUGAAGCAAUCAAUAAGAAAUAUCCUGGAAAAGUUGCCAUCUGCUCUGCUCAGAAGCACAUUCCUCAGGGUGAAAAACCUCCUUUCUCGAAGCAGAUUCUUGAGAAUGCCCACUCUGACUGCCAUCAGUGUGUCAGGGAUGCUUGCUCAAAAGCAUUUCCUAUUGUCAUUGUAGACAACUCAAAUGCUGCACUCGAUGCAGUGAAAAAUUACACUAGCAUUGGACAUGACUUUGACUAUGUGGAUGUUCUUGUUACACCGCAGACAAGUUGGAUUCUAGAUGCCCAGGAGUUGGUAAAGAAGUCCUCUCGAGGUUUCUCGCUUGAAGACAUCCAGAAGAAAGUUGAGAAGUUCCAGAAACCAGUAUACCCGUUAUUCUCUGGCUGGUUUGUGAAUAGAAGCGAUUCAGAGAGAAUGAGGGGAAUUGGAAAGAAGUUCUAUGAGAGGUGUCUCAGCAAAAUGGAAUUCAGAGAUGAGUUUACAAAGCAUCUUAUUCCUGAUACCAAGGGCAAGAAACAAGACCCAGAAAAUUACUUUUCAUCUGAGAACUAUACUGUUGGACCUGUGAUGCUUCACUGUACAGCCUUCUAUAGCAACUAUGGUGAGGUUAGUCAAUCAGAGGAAUAUGCUGCCCGUGAAGUGGUAAGAGCUGACAAUGGCAAGGCGUUCAAUAUUAAGGUUAUUGGGCUUCUGGUGACCCCACGAUCUCUUGGUUUUCGACUGAAACUCAAUGAUGAAGAGCUCCCCCUGUGGUUAGAGGAAGAUGAGGUCAAGGACAGAGUGGAGGAAUCUGUGGAUGAUGCGUGUGCUGCGGCUACUAGAGAAACUUGCAAGCCCUCCGGAGAUGAGUGCAUCAUUACUUAUCUGUCUCCGACCUGCGGAACAGGUAGCCGUGCCCACUUCAGUUUGGGUAGUGGGCCUGGUGUUGAAGCGGUCCAGACCGGUCUAGAUCUGGUGGAGAUCAUUAAGAUGGAACAAGAAGCAGUUCAGAGGAAGAAAAGUUAUACUGUGAUAGAUUUAGAGGGUGCAAAAGCUGUUGGGUAUGGGGAAGGAAACUGGAUGGUCUACUUUGAUCAAGCUUCUUCAACUGAAGCUCUUUUUGCUGGAUACUUCUAGAUUUACACUUCUUUAAUGUGAUAAAAUGACAACAGUGCUUUACUUCUAUUAGGUGUUUUUCCUUUGGACAUGGUAUACAUCUACAGGUACAGGAAUUGUGAAUACUUUUUUGUUUGGUGCAUGGUUAGUUGGCUACCAGCUUUUUAGUUGCAAGGAACAUUCAUGAAUUGGGUCAUAGGUGUCAGUGUUUUUCAUGUGAUGUUGAACAUUAAUUCAAUUAUGUGCAAAUAGUUCUGAAGGAAAUUGUGUUUUUCAUUUUUUAUUUCAAGAUUUAAUCUAUGAAUGUCUACAAUCAGUAAAAUACAUUGCUACAUGUUGUUAUAUAUCACUUUAUUUGCAAAUCUGCACAUUAAAGGAAUACAAUAUACGCCCAGGACAGUUCUUUAUAAUACAUGUAUAUAUUUCAUAUCAAUCAAGAAUGCAGCUUGUAUAGUGAUUGUCAAUAUAGAUGUAUUGUCUAAUGACCACUUGCCUGAAUCAAAAGCACAUGAUAUCAGCAGAGACUUGAAGAGCAAAUCACAACAAAUCAAAAUGAUGUGUAACCGCUCAGAUGUAUUGAUGGGCUGGGCAUGAUGACUUUUUGUCUUGUUAACAUUCAGCCUUUGCUAGCUGUUGGGCCUUUGGUCAACCAGGCAUGAAACACCUUGUUCUUGUAAAUAAUAUUUAGUAAAUUUCUCACCAGUGAACCUUGCAGCAAUAGUGAUGAUGUAUUCCAUUAAUUUGGAACUACAGUUAGUUUGUACUGAUGUACAUUUUAUUUCAUUUUUCAUAAAACUGUACAUGAAUAGUAAUGCUUUCUGUAAUAUGGACUAUUAUGAAAAUUAAUCAAAAUUGCAUUCAUUGAAUAUAAACACAGAAAAACAUAUAGGAUAAAGGAUGAAUGAUUAGUCUUUAUUUCAAAUGAGAGCAAUUGGCAUAUUCGAUUUUAACCCUAGUAUAAAAAAGGGAAAGCAAGGCAUACAAAAGAAAAAGUGAAACAAAAAGGGUGCUGAAAAAAAAAAAAGAUAGUACCUGUGAAAAUAUUCACCAAGGAUGAAAAAUGAUAUUCAAUUUAUUUUCUUUGAAAUAUGAUAAUGGAAACAAAUGAUAAGUGAUCAGUAAUUUGCAAGUUAGGCUUACUUCCAUCUUAUUUUAACCCAAUUCCCUUUUUGAUUUUUUCCAUUUUUUUGUGAUUAAGCAUUAAAAAUGCUCUUUCAGCCUUCAUUAAAUAAGCACUAGCUAUAUCAUUGAUAAUGAUCAUGCAGAAAUUCAGCAUUACAAGGUUAUUCUAAUUUUUAAGAGUUGUUUCUCAUUUGCCUUUGAAUUAUGUACUCCUGUAAUGCUGUACUAGAAUCUCCAGUUUUUAGGGAUACGAAAAACAGACGAAAAUCUCAGAAUUCAGGAAAAACAUGAUAUUCAUGAUGAAUUAUGAAAAAUGCAUUAAAAAUUAUGAAAUCAUAUCCAAUACAACAUAACUGCAUAAGCGAAAUAUCUUGCCAUCAAGCUUGUUCGCAGUGUUUAUUGUUUGCCAAGAUAUAGAAACUUACUGUUUUAUAAGAUUUUCAGAACGGUAUUUGCAGUUGAUUUAUCAUAUUUUGUCACAGAAUAACAUGGAACGUGAUGUUUAGAACACUGAAGAAUAUGGAUGCUUAAACUGGAAAACUGGGGUCUCUAAGUCUAGAUGCUAUUCAUACAGAAGAUUAUAUUGCCUGGUAAUAUCUCAUUUAAUCACUGUUAUGAAGAGACUUUCAUAGUUGGUUGUGUGAAUAUUUGUGACCAUUAUACAUUAAAUGUGUAUAUUGCAAAACUCAAAUUAAGAAUUCAAAAGGUGAGGAAAUUUAUAAAUUAUUAUAUUAAUAAAUAGGGCAUUUAAAGGAAGGGAAAGAAGUGCUCAAUAUAGGUGGCUUCCAAGGCUAUUAAAAAUAGGCAUCAACUAUACUUCCAAUGGGACACAUGCACUGGAUUACCGCUGGACACCAAGGAAACUGCAUAAAGGGCAUCUUAUUCUGGGCCUAUGACUACUAAUAUUAAGAAGGGCAUCAAGUCCAUUUCUUUGGGCAUCUUAGGUCAUGGCCUUAGAUGUUUUUUUUUAAAUUAAUUUGAGCCCUAAUAUUGUAAACAAAUGUUGUCAAACAGUCAUACAACCAAUUGUAAAAGCCUCUAGAGUAAAAAAAAAUUAAUUUAUUGUAGUUUCUGUAUUAAUCUAAAAUAUUGAAAUGAGGUAAGAAAUAUUAACUUCAAUACAGUGCCUUUUUUUCUCCCCGGUAUAGAAUUCUGAUUUGCUUGAAAAGCUUUUAAAAAGAAAUAUUGUACUAUUGUUUUUAGCUUGCAAAGCAUGUAUUGUAAUAAAAUCAUGAAAUAUACCAUCAAA